GUCAGACCACCAGACGACCAGUAGAGACGGAGCUUAGAGGAGAGUCAGGUCGGCCACUCUGGGCCAUCUCUGUCUGUUACUACUGACUCCCGUUGAUGCAGUUACAGAAUACAUAAAAUUGUCAAGCGGAUCGAGGCUCGUGAUUGCGAAACGAAGGAGCAACCCAAUAGCAACUCGUCAGUAAAACGAACAGACAGACAAAUGACUCCAACUUUGGGAUGGGCCGAUUACACGGUGAUGGGAGUGAUGUUGAUAAUCAGCGCUGGAAUUGGAAUUUAUUACAGAUUUACAGGCGGUCGUCAGAAAACCACGCAGGAAUACUUCACUGCUAAUGGAUCGAUGAGCAUAAUACCAGUGGGCAUCGCUCUCAUGGCCUCGUUCAUGUCGGCCGUCACUCUCCUCGGCGUUUCCGCCGAGAAUUACACCUACGGUACUCAAUUUGUCGUCAUCAACGUAUCCUACGGGAUUGGGACUCCGAUAGCUGCCUAUGGAUUCCUUCCCGUAUUUUUCAAACUACAAGCCACAAGUGCCUACGAGUACCUUGAAAAACGUUUCGGAAUCGGUGCCCGACUGUUUGCCAGCUUCGUCUACUGGAUCCAGCUGCUCUUGUACACAGGAGUCGUCCUGUACGCUCCGUCGUUGGCGCUCGAAGCAACCACCGGCAUCUCGAAAACCUGGAGCAUUAUCACCAUUGGACUGGUUUGUGCCUUCUACUCGAGUAUCGGCGGCAUUAAGGCCGUCCUAAUCACCGACGUAUUCCAGAGCAUCCUGAUGUUCGUCGCUGUGUUCGUUGUCAUCGGCAUUGCGGUCGGUGACGUUGGCAGCUUGUCCGAGAUCUGGAGAAUCGCCGAAGAGGGGGGUCGAAUAGAGUUUGAUAGCAUAUCGCCGGAUCCCACGGUGCGGCACACCUGGUGGAGUCUCAUAAUCGGCGGUCUCUUCACUUUCCUGUCUCUCUACGGUGUGAACCAGGUUCAAGUUCAGCGCAUGUUGACCGUUAAGAGCUUGAAGGCUGCGCAAGCGGCUCUGUGGCUGAAUUGGCCAAUUCUGAUGUUCCUUUCCUUCAGCACCAGCUUCUCUGGUCUGGCGAUAUAUAGCAGAUACUACAACUGUGAUCCCAUAAAACAGGGGAGAAUCAAAAAUAUUGAUAUGCUGAUGCCCCUUUACGUCAUGGACACGAUGUCCCACGUGCCUGGCCUGCCUGGGCUUUUCGUUGCAGUGUCAAAAUUAAAAAAUUUCAACUUCUACUCAUGCAAAGGGAUAUUCAGCGCCGGGUUGAGCACCGUAUCCGCAGCUUUGAACUCCCUGGCCGCGGUAACAUUGGAGGACUACAUAAAACCAGCCUACAAGCGAUGUUACAGCGACGAUUUCCCUCUCGCCAGGUCAACUUUGUUCGGAAAAUUGCUAGCCUUCACCUUCGGCAUCAUUUGCAUCGCUCUGGCAUUUUUGGCUCAGUUUUUGGGCGGUAUUUUGCAGGCUAGCUUGACGAUAUUCGGGGUGGUUGGAGGUCCCUUGCUCGGCAUGUUCACCCUCGGAAUGUUCACCGAAUCGGCGACCCAGCGAGGCGCUAUAACCGGGACUCUUGUGGCCUUGGUUUUCUGCCUGUGGAUUGGAUUCGGCCAGCCUCGUCCAGGCGCUCCAAGAUUAUCGACAACGGAUGCGGGCUGCAAUGCAACUUACCCGGGAAUCUUGAAUGCCACAAUUACUGAGGCACCGACAACGUUAGCGACCUGGACCAACGCCACCACCGAGAACGAUCCGGCCAGCUACUUCUAUCUCUACCGAAUCUCGCACAUGUGGUACAGCGCCAUUGGCUUCCUGGUGACUUUCCUCGUCGGGUGGCUCGUCAGCAACGUCGAGCGGAUCGUCAUGAAGGAAGAACAACCGGAGUUGGAUCCGGAUCUCUUUAUUCCUUGGUUAGCGGGUCGCAUAAGGAAGCGACGAUUGCGGUUUUCACCGUCAUUCGACAAGCUGGCUCUUGAGCCGCGCAGCGUCACUUCGAAGUACACUUUUCACGAGGACAAAUCAGAGUCGCCAAUCCCAAGAAGCACGGAGUUUUAGUUAGAAAUUAAUCGGUGACUCAAUCAGAGGCCGGUCCUCGAGGAUGCACUAAAUUUCACGUCUUCCAGUUUUCAGAGAUAGAUUUAAGUAUACGGUGUGCUGAUAUAAUAUUCGAGCAUUUGUCGAUUCAACUCGAUUAUCUGCUCUUAAUAAUUAUUCAUUUUAUGCAGCUUACGUACGUACAAAAAUAUGUCAGGGUUUAGAAAAAUUUACACGUAUUUUAUAUCUGCUGAUGUAGUUUUGAAUAUAACGUAAUUUGAGUUAUUGCAAAGUGUACUUAAAUACUACUGGAACAAUUAUGGUUUUUUCCCUACGAAUUGAGAUUCUAGAGACUUGUAAAAUUGGACUAGAUCCAAACAAGGGCGAGCAUGUGGAGUGAUUUUUCAAUGCACGAAAACAUGUGACGUAGUAUGAAUUAGAGACCUGUACUUUUGAUUACAAUUAAUUAUAUUGCUUCCAACGAAGGGUAAACGACUCGGUCAUUUUACUUAGUGUUCAAAUAUUAUAAUUGCAUAGGUAUGAUACGGGCUGUGAUUGGCGUGUGUGAUUGUGAAUAUUAUCAAUUAUAUGAUAAUAAUUUAAAUGUCUGUUAACUAUAAGAAUCAGGUUAUAAUAUCAGGCAAAUAUGAAUUUAUACCGAUUAUGUUAACGUUUUGUAACGCAAUCAGCGAAAAUAAGGUGUCAAAAUUUUUAAGGU